GGUCUUUCUCGCCGCGUUACUUAUUUCUACUGGAUGUCAAAUAUGUUUAACUAUUGGGACGUAUUAUGAAAGCACCUGGACCAGAUCUUUGUAUCCGACUUCCUUAUUUGUUUUUGUAGUACUCCUGAUCUCUAUCUGGCACUUCGAGAGAAUGACGAAUGCCCCAAACUCCGCAGUCACUUUCUUUUUGGCUAUCUUUACUAUUCUGGUCGUGGCGAGUCGAUGUUGGAACCAUUUGAUUGUCUUGUUUGAUUUAUCUUCCGUUGAAACCAAUGGACAGAACGAAACAGUUGCUACCAAAGACCCUCUGUUAGACUCCAUUUUGAACGAACCGGCCGCUGUCUGGAUCACAGAUUAUAUCAACUUGUGUAUUUGCUUCUUGCUAUUUAUACUAGUGUGCAUCUCUGAACCUAUGUUUCAGUACAAUGCACUCAUGAGUUCCAAAGGAUCUACGAAAAAAACGUCCGUUCACUGUUUCGGGGACAAGCCAAAGUUUCUCAUGGCGGAUGGAGAGCCUGUUUCUGAUCUGGAGCCUGCUAUUCCAGACAAGUCCAAAUCGGAAGCAAUUUUAAAACCUUCUCCGGAAAACUACGCUUCCUUUCCAUCACGUAUAACCUACGCUUGGUUCUGGAGAUUGAUCAGACGCGGAUACCGCAAGCCACUGGAGAUGUCGGAUAUAUGGUGCCUAGAUUUGGCUCAUCGUGCUGAUCACGUCUCUGCAAAGCUUUUCAGGGCCCUAGAUAUUUACGUUCGUCCAAAGAAAUCAUUCAACUUUUACAUGGAGCGUCGACGAGCUUCCUCCAAGAGCGCCGCUGCAGACAGCUCGAGCUUCUCAGCCACUGGGACAGAUCCGCGCAUUGACGAACAACCUUUCUCUCCUAACAUCCACACCGCAACGAAGUCUAGAGCAGAAAAGACAUUUGAAACAAAUUGCGUCAAUGGAAAGAUCAUCCCCACAUCUGGAGUCCGACCCAUCAAUAGUAUGACACAGUGGCAUCGUGGGUCGAUUACUGGUAACACACAAGCAAUCGCACGCCAAGAUGGGACGGAGUUAUCCGCCUCAAGGGAAACAGACGACUUGGCUUCCCUUCACCAUAGAGAGUUUGCACUUGGUGAGAGCAACCCGGGGUCACAGAAGCAGCAUUCCAACAUAUCCUCAAUCUCAGACAUUCCGGAUGUUCUUAUCACCGGACGUCACGGACACUCGAUCUCUCAACGCUCAGUUCUCAGCCCUGUUGACACAAACCCGACGUUCAUACCCAGUAGACCUGAAGAACGAAAUUGUUUUACUUCAAACCAACCACUAGAUGUGUCCGAUAUCGGAUACAUUGAUACCGAACCUGAACAGCAUUCAAAUAUCAACGCAGAUCGGAAGCAGCGUGAGUUGGAUUGGAGUCGUGAUGCUGACGACAAGCACCCUGUGGUUGGUAAUGCUGAAAGUGUCAAGCAUCCUUCCUAUCGUGAUUCCACUUCUGGGAUAAAAGUCACGAUUCUUAGCCCUGAAAGACCACGUCCCUCCAAAUCUCGAGCCUUGGGGUUGCUAAAUGCAUUGUUAGUCACAUAUUGGGGCCCACUACUGCAGACGGGCAUAAUGAAGCUGAUCUUCGAUAUUAUGCUCUUCUUCAAUCCUAUGUUCUUGAAAUUAUUGCUGAACUUCAUUCAAGGUACCUCGGAUGAACCAUGGUGGCACGGUUAUUUUUAUGCAGUUGCGAUGUUCAUAAGUGCUGGCGUCCAAACUCUGAUACUUCAGCGUUACUUCAGAAACUUGAACAUUCUUGGAAUGCAUAUGCGCACUGCGUUGACAGCGGCCGUUUAUCGCAAGAGCCUACGCCUCAGCAGCAAAUCACGUAAUGAAUCAACCACAGGACAAAUCAUGAACUUGAUCGCCUCGGAUGCACAACAGUUUAUCCACCUCAUGCCGUACGUCCACGUCGUUUGGUCUGGACCGUUUCAAAUUGUGGUAGCCAUUGUGUUACUGUGGCGUGAACUUGGACCUGCCGUCCUUGCUGGUAUUGGAGUACUCCUACUUUUGCUGCCUCUGAAUGCCGUUAUUGCCCGCCUGUCAAAGUCUGUUCAGGAAAAGAAAUUCAAAGCGGCUGACUCCCGGAUCAAAGUGAUCAGCGAGAUUCUCAACGGAAUACGCAUGAUCAAACUCUAUGCAUGGGAACCUUCUUUUAUCAAGGAAGUUAAUCGAUUGCGCCAUGAAGAAAUGAAAUACCUACGCCGGUUCACAUAUCUUCACUCGUUUUCAUUCCUUUGGACGUGUGCGCCAUUUUUAGUAGCGCUGAGCAGCUUUGGUGUUUACGUUUCUGUAUCGGAGGAAAAUAUCCUGGACGUUCAAAAAGCAUUCGUCUCCCUGUCACUGUUCAAUAUUUUGCGCUUCCCUCUUUUAAUGUUUCCGAUGGUGACCAGCAAUCUGGUACAAACAUACGUUUCCUGCCGUCGUUUGGACAACUUUUUGAGGCACAUCGAAAUCAGCCCGGCCUCUCUUUCUCACGAGAAUACUCCUGGUGUUGCUGCUGUGAUUGAACGAGGCGUCCUCGGAUGGGACCCCGAAGGAGAUCCUGUUUUGCAAAACAUUUCGGUACAGUUCCCGGAAGGACAGCUCACAUCGAUUAUGGGGAGCGUAGGCUCUGGAAAAUCCAGUUUGCUUCGUGCAUUGCUUGGUGAUAUGGAGGUGUUCAGUGGUCGCCUAAAUAUAAGGGGCUCCGUUGCCUAUGUGCCACAGGAACCAUGGAUCUUUAACGAUUCUCUGAGAAACAACGUACUAUUUUUGAAGCCUUAUGAUCCUGUACGGUACAAGCGAGUUAUUCACGCUUGCGGCCUCGAUCCAGACCUCCUCAUUUUGCCAAAUGGAGAUCAAACAGAAAUUGGGGAUAAGGGCAUCAAUUUAUCUGGUGGUCAGAAGCAGCGAGUCAGUCUGGCCAGAGCAUGUUACGCGAACGCUGAUGUUUAUCUGCUUGACGAUCCACUUUCUGCUGUGGACGCGCACGUCGCAUUGCAUUUGCUCAACCAAGUACUCAGCCGAUCUUCUGGCUUACUGGCCUCCAAGACGUGUAUCCUUGCCACCCAUAGUCUAAAGGCCCUUCCAUUUUCCGACCGCAUUGUUUUCAUGGCAAAUGGACAGAUAAUUAACGUUGGCACUUAUCGACAGCUGGCUCAGUUCCGAACUGGUCGCCUAGCCACCUUUUUGGCUGAUAGCAUUUUGACGGAUUCUAACCAAGAAGGAUCACACACGUCCACUGUACCCGACGUACUUGAAAUACAAAGGCAGCUGAAUACCAACGCCCGAGUCAAUGAAGGUCGCCAAACACAUUCCACUGAAACAACUUACUUCAGUGAAUGUAAGACACCACAAAAUUCAGACUGUGGAGAAAUUGUCCAGCGAAGCGGUUCUGUUCGGAGCGCAGUUUCUUCUCUAAUCACAUUUCCACUGCCAGCGGACCACCAACAUGUGAUACCCGCUUCUUCCGAGCACUUGGAUUAUGGGGAUGCAGGUUACUUGUUCGGUUCCUCCAUUUCGUUGGCAAUACAAGAUAAUCAGAACGCUGUUGAAGAAUCAAAACCAAUAGCACAAAAUCCCCCGAUUUCCCGAAUGAUGCAACCGGAGACAGUGAACAAAGGAAGAGUCAAGUGGUCAGUAUUCAAAAUCUACCUUCAAAAGAUGGGCCUCAUGUACGGUCUCCUGAUUAUCAUAUCCCAUCCACUGACACAUCUAGCCAUGUUCGGCACUAAUCUCUGGCUCGCAUCAUGGUCAGAAGACGCUAAAGUUUUUGGCAAUCUGACGGAUUUUCUGAUCGCCAAUCCGGAUGCGAUACACAACAAAAGCGAGUACCCACAACUGGCCUCUCAACUUCAAGAGUAUGAGUCCCAGAGAGACUAUCGACUAGGGGUGUAUGCCAGCCUAGGUUUCGCUCAAGUACUAUUUUCUUGGGUCGCUGCCAUAACUUUUGCGAUUGGUCAUUUGUCGUGUGCCCAGAAGCUUCAUGAUGCUCUACUCGUUGGGGUUCUUCAUGCACCACCAGGAUUCUUUGACACAAUCCCUCUGGGACGGGUUGUCAACCGGUUCGCGCAGGACAUUUCCACUCUGGACGGCCCGCUGCUGCAGUCAAUGAAAAGCGCCUUCGAUUGCUUUCUUCAAUGCCUACUUACUAUUUGCAUGGCCUGUAGCAUAAAUCCUUGGAUAAUUAUCCCCAUUGCUUUUCUCACAAUUGUUUACGUGGUACUACAGAAUGUCUAUGUGACCAACUCCCGGCAAUUGAAGCGAUUGGAAUCGGUCAACCGUUCUCCAAUCUUUUCACAUUUCUCCGAAACCCUGCUUGGCGUAGACAGCAUACGCGCUUACGGGAUGACGGAAGAUUACGUACAGAUCAACUCCAGCCGCUUGGACACAGACAACGCCACCACCUACUUAAAUAUGACUGCCCAGCGCUGGUUGGCCGUUCUCCUGGAAACUAUCGGCAACCUACUCAUUCUCUCAGUGACUGUAUUUUGUGUGGUGACCAGGGACAGGUUACCCGCCGGAUUCUCUGGCCUUGUGAUCAGUUACGCACUCAACUUAAACCAGACUCUGAAUUGGCUUGUUCGGAUGACUGCGGACUUAGAGAACAAUAUUGUCUGCGUCGAGCGCAUCGAUGAGUACACCAAACUGGAACCAGAGGCCGCAUGGGAGGUGAAGGAAACCAGGCCAGCACCCGAUUGGCCAAAUGGAGAAAUCCAGUUCAUCGACUAUGGAAUACGCUACCGACCCGAUUUAGAUCUUGUACUACGGUCCGUCAACAUAAUGAUAAAACCAGGUGAAAAGGUCGGCAUCGUCGGAAGAACAGGAUCAGGGAAAUCUUCCCUUGUACUGGGUCUGUUUCGUAUGCUUGAAGCCGCCGAGGGGCGCAUUAUGAUUGACAAUGUGGACAUCUCACGGCUUGGGUUGCACGAGUUGCGCCAACGUCUGGCACUUAUACCUCAGGAUCCUGUGCUGUUUUCCGGCUCACUGCGAUUCAACUUAGACCCCUUCAAUGAACAUGCCGAUGAGGUACUGUGGAGUGCACUAGAACUCGCCCAUUUGAAAAAAUAUGUCAUGGAGACGAGCUGCUCUUCGGGUUUGAAUAUGUUAAUCACGGAGGGGGGAUCUAACAUCAGCAUGGGACAAAAGCAGCUCCUGUGUCUGGCCCGUGCGCUUCUUCGGCGCACGCCGAUACUGGUACUAGACGAAGCCACCGCUGCGGUUGAUCCUGUGACAGACAAUCUUAUUCAGGAAACCAUUCGGAGUGAAUUCUCUCGAUGCACGGUUCUGACAAUCGCUCAUCGUUUGAACACCAUUAUGGACUACGAUACUGUACUUGUCCUAAGUGAAGGACGCGUCGUCGAGUCUGGAUCUCCCAAAGAACUAUUAGGAAAUCAAGCUUCCAAGUUUUACGCUCUAGCUAAGGAUGCAAAUCUAAUCAACUGAUACUGUCAAAUUAUGGAUCGCCUUCUGCCUUUUGUACAAGUUACAGUCCUACUCAUUUUAAUACGUAUCCCCAUUAUAUCAAUGCUUAAACGAGCUUGGCCAUUUUCGAUUCCUCUAAGUUCCCACCGGUGUUUUAUGCAGACACACAUUUCUUUGUGCUGUGACGUUUUGCAUCCUCACCAUUUUUUCUAACCUCUAUUUCCAUUCUGGUCCGCUAGGCCAGAUGAAAUCGCUCUACGAUUCCUUGCCUCGAGCACUUUUGACCCGAGCUAACUUAUGAUGUUUUUGCACUUCUACCUCAUUGCGUUUCGUCCGAUCACCCAGCUCUCUCGUGUGCACUCUCACCACAUGCACCUGCAUUACCAUUGUUGCUGGUCUUACCGUGAUCUUAACAACGAUAUUCCUCUCAACCUACUCCGCUUAGAACUGCGCACCUUUCACGCAGCGACUUCAAUCCGCCUGUGCUGUUUGCGUGUUUGUUAACUUCGUUACUUUCCAUCUCCCCGCUAAUCAAAAGUUGAAGUGUCGAAUUCCAUCUUCAAAUGUUAAUUCCUUGUUGUGCUGAUAAGCUGUCAUAACGCGGCAUCUUAGGAGUGCUCUGCACUUUGGCUCGCGUAUCUGUAACCGGGGAUCUCUACAUUUCCAUUCAAUUCAAUUUAUUCACUCAGCGAU